AUGCCUAUCGACGACAGCCAGAGCGCGAUUAGCGUCGCCUCGGAAGGGAGUCCAUGUGUCGACCACCCAUCUAUUGGGCCCUCCCACGACAGCUUCGACAUUCACCAACAUCAUAUGGUCGCCCACCAUCCGCCACCGGGCGCUUCUGUUUACCCCCCAUCGGCCCCCUUUUCUGGUGCUCUGAACCCCCGGAGUUGUGUAACAUGUCGGAGACGCAAGGUUCGGUGCGACAAACACAUGCCAUGCUCCAACUGCCGGAGAGCACAGAUUCCAUGCAUCUUCCCCGCCCCUGGGCGGGCGCCGCGCCGGCCAAGACCAAAAGACCCGAAUGCGCCGUCCAAACAACCGUCGAGCGAGCGGGAGCUGGAGCUGAUGAAGCGCCUGCGAAAACUCGAGGGAAUUGUCGAAGAACUUAGCGGUCAGAUCGAACUUGAGGCGGUGCGACCUCCGUUUAGUUCCAGUAACUCUCCUGAGGCAGGCAUGGCAGGACAUGAUGCGGACGGCCACACGCCAACACGAGCCGGCGAUAAGCCUGGAACCCCUAAUGGAAGCAAUUUUGGCAAGAACUCGCCCUCAACGGCAACCGGUAUGGGCACCGAUAGGAGUGGCGCGCAUGGUCUGCAGACGCAACUCAACAGGCCUCCUUUUGGUCCAUUAAGGAGGAUUUCAUCCGACAUCCACAAACAGUUUGGUCGCCUGGUUCUCAAUGAGAAGGGCGUUACCAGAUAUGUCAGCAGUGGAUUCUGGUCUGCGAUAAACGAUGAGCUCGACGAAAUCCGUCGAGAAACGAUCGAUUGCGGCCACCAUGAUUCCGACGACUCCGACGACGAGGCUUCUCCAGAAUCCGUUGACCAGCCCAUCAGCCAUUCAGAUCAUCAAUCUUUCAUCUUCGGUUACCGCUCCGCCGAUGUCGACCUAAGACCCCUGCACCCGCUCCCAUCGCAAAUCCCGUUUAUGUGGCAGAUGUUCCAGGAGAACGUCGAUCCAAUACUGAAGGUGCUUCAUGUCCCCUCGAUGACCAAGACUAUACGCCACGCCCGGAACAACAUGGACAGCCUCACGCCUUCGACAGAAGCCUUGAUGUUCGCCAUCUACUAUUCUGCUGUUGCCUCCAUGGACAAAGAUGAAGUCAAAAUGAACUUCGGCGCCGAAAAAGAUUACCUCGUGCAACAAUAUCGAUUCGCUCUCGAACAGGCUCUAGCGAGAGCUAACUUCACGACAACGCCCGAUGUCACCCUUGCCCAGGCAUUCCUCCUCUUUCUCAUUCUCGUCCGCCGCCACGAUGACACGAGAUUCGCCUGGACCUUGACCGGCCUACUUAUUCGUAUCAGCCAGGCUCUGGGCCUUCAUCGAGACGGAACGAACUUCCCCAACCUCAGCCCCUUCGAAAUCGAAAUGAGGCGCCGUAUCUUCUGGGCUGUAUGUGUCUUAGAUCUCCGUUCUGCCGAGGAUCAGGGUACCGAUCUCACUCUCGUCGACCGCACUUUCGAUACCCAACUUCCUCUUAACGUCAACGAUUCCGAUAUCUCGCCAGAUAUGAAGGAUUUUCCAGAGUCAAGAGACGGGCCGACGGAUAUGACCUUCUCCUUAAUCAGAUAUGAGAUCUGCACUCUGGCGAGACGUUUGCACACGGCAUCGUCCGCCAUGGCACCUCUUUGCGCGGGAGAUGCUGCAAGCUCGUUGGAGGAGCGCGAGGAAAUGCUUGCCGAGCUACACAGGCGUGUUGAAGAAAAGUACCUCCGGGAUCGCUCUUGCCUGGAUAAUCCCAUGUACUGGGUGGCUGCAAACAUUGCGCGAGUCAUGGUUGCCAAGAUGACCCUGGUGAUAUACCAGCCCGUGCUGUUCCCAGGACCCGACAGUGAAGAGUUGUCGGACGAGCUUCGGGAACGUCUCUUUAAUUCCGCCAUCGAAGUGUUUGAGACGAAUCACAUCCUCAAUACCGACCCAAAAACAAAACCAUGGAGGUGGCUCUUCCAGACAUACACACAAUGGCAAGCCGUGGCGUAUCUCCUCAUCGAGGUAUCGCACAAGGCUUGGGGCCCUGCGUCAGAGCGCGCUUGGGGUGCUCUGAACUCGGUAUAUACAGCACCAAAGGAGUACGAGCUUGAGAAGCUUGCAUCUCACACAGCUGUUUGGCUCCCCAUCAAGAAGAUGUACUUCAAAGCCAAGAGGCAUCGUGAAGCUGAGACCGCCCGUCUCCGUGCCAACCCUCAAGCUGCCAUGCAGCUCGAGCUGGAAGACCAGUCCAAACCCGCGCCGACCACUUUCGGAGCAUUGUCAGUCACAGAGGAGAUCAGCAUUACGGUGGCCCGUGAACGCUGGAGGAAACUCGUCAAUGCGCCACCCUUACCAGUCAAACCGGUGCCGCCCCCGAGGCAGCCAACGCCUGAGCCCGCCCAGCCUGUACAACAACAGCAACAAAACAAUGAAGUUCUCACCAAUGACAACAGCCAUCCUAACGAGAAUAUGGGAGUUCCAAAACCAGAGAUGAUGGAAUUCCUAGACCCUACCAUGACCAAUCAAGCUUUUAAUCCACAAGAAUUCAUUCCCCUAUGGCGGGGGCCGUCUUUCGACCCGAGCCGUCAACCCGUCUACGGAUUCCCCAACGGCGACAUGCCACGGAUUGACAGCGCGGCGAACUUCAACCCCGCAGCAAUACCCGACUUCAAUCGCAGCACCACACCGGCAUCCGCAGGCGGUAAUCAGAUGCACCACACGCCUGGUCCAGGGCCGAACAUGAACACAGCUCAGGGAAUGCAGGUUCGGUCGCCCGUGAAAGACGAGAAUGCACCAUGGUUAUGGCCCGGCGCAGGGUUGCCCGAAAUGCUUCGGGUACCCAACUUUCAGGUUGAAGAUAUGGACGUUAAUAUGGAUGAGGGUUUCGACUGGCAAAACUGGCAGGAGAGCCUUGGUAGGUUUGAGAUGGAAACUAAUGGCGGGUCCGCGGCCACCAGCACUUGGGGCCCAGCAAUCUAG